CGAAACGACACGGCGGCGCACCCUUCGCCCCCCCCAAAGCGAGCCCGAUGCCGGCCUCAGCCAAGUCCGUCCUUCAGGAUGGCAAGCGGCGGUAUGGAAAGACGUUUCGAGGCUCGUUCAACACAUACAAAGUAAAAGUCGAUGACCCACUUGUACUGGACCCUCGUGCGACAACGUCGCUGCUCCUCCCACGGCAGAACGGCGAAACUUUCCAGCUAUGGGUCGCUCGGAACCUCGAGCUGUCGCCACUCAUGCGUGCGGCCGAUGCCCUCAUGGUCGUUCUGAGCUUCGUCAUGGUGGCGUUUUUUCUCUACACAAACUGGAGCACGUACAGCAUCGACUUGGAGCCAUCUGUGCAGAGUGCAAGCAACGUGAUCGGGAUUCUCUUCACCGCCGAUUACAUCGUUCGCGUGUACGCCGCCCCGCUUCGACUCGAGUACAUCACGAGCGUGUUUUCUCUCGUGGACUUGAUUGGCGUUGCAUCCGCCUGGAUUGAAAUAUCGUUUACACAGCACACCCUGACCAUGCUCAAGCUCGACACUGCCGGUCGACAGUUCCUCUCGAUGCUCCAAGUGAUGAAAUCGAUGCGCGUGCUGCGGGCGUACCGCCUCCUGCGCUUCACGUCGUCCAUCGUCCAGCGCCAGAUCCUUGCCACCGUGCUCACGGUGCUCUGCAUGAUCAUUGCGGUCGCGGGCGCCCUACAAAACGUCGAACUGUGUCCCGCGCAAUGUCCCGACUUUUGCAUUCCCCACUACCGCGACGAUGUGUUGACGUGCUCCGAGAUCGAGAUCACGUUUCCCAAUACAAAUUUGACCACGUGGUGCACGAGCUUUGUCAACUACACGCUCGCGAGUCCCCACCCUCCGACCAACUGCUGUCGGUGUCAAGUGUACCGAUUUCUCGACUGGAUCUACUUUGUCGUGGUCACGAUAUCGACCCUCGGGUACGGCGACAUUUCGCCCAAAACGUCGGCCGGCCGCAUCGGCACGUCCAUCUUGAUCAUGAUGACGUUUGUCUUUCUUCCGAUCCAAGUCAACACGCUCGUGUCGGUCAUUUCGCAGCACUCCAAGUACAACAAGGCAUUUACUUCACGCAGCGACACGCACGGCGUCAUCACAGCCCACGAGCUCGACGUUGGUAUGCUGCAUGCGUUUCUCCGACAGUUCUUUCACCCGCAGAAUCGCAACUGGAACGAACGGAUUGUGAUCCUCCAUCCCCAAGAACCAACCCCCGACGUGACCAAGAUCAUCCACCAGUUCGAGCCCCGCGUCACUUACAUCGUCGGGUCGGCCAUGCAAGAGUCGGACCUCAAACGCGCCGCCGUCCCCACGAGCUCUGUCUGCUACGUCCUCACGUCCGCAUCCGGGGACAAGACUGGGCGUGCUGACCAAAUGUCGGCCAUUCUCACGACUGCGUUCCGCGUCAUGAACAAGACGGUGCCCAUCUUCACCCAAGUGAUUGCGUCGACGUCGGUGUCGUACUGCACAAUCUCUGGCGCCAACAACGUGGUUUGCGUGCAAAAGCUCAAGAUGAGCAUGCUCGCGCUCAGCUGUCGAAUCAAGGGACUCACGACGCUCCUCACAAACUUGCUGUCGACGCUGGCGCCGCCCCUCAAACCGCCCAAGGACGCGUGGAUGACAGACUAUCUCGAAGGCGCCAUGAGCAAGAUCUUUCGCGUCGACAUCCCGCGGUCCUUCUCUGGCAUCACGUACCACGAACUCGUCAUGUUCCUGUACAACAACCUUCAAGUGAUUCCCAUUGCGAUGGAAACGGGCACGAACUCGAUUCAGCUGAACCCGAUGUCGUUCAAGCUCGGCCAGGCCGCCGAUCCCAAACUUUGCUGCACCGUGUACGUCAUCGCGCCGGGCGUCGAGGUUGUCGACCGCAUCAACGAGUACCAGCUCGAGCAAAUCCGGCAAUUCCGACAGACGUUGCGCAAAAUGGAGCGUGCCAAGGCCGACGCCGAAGACAGCGACAGAGUCAAGCCUGUGCAGAGCCCCAAGCGGCAAACGAAGAAACUUACGCUGGGCGGGCACAUGUUCAAGUCCAAAACGGAUGACGUGGCCGGGUCCGACCUCAAGGUGGCGUACGAUCAGUUCAUGGCAAAGGAAGUGCCAUCCGUGCUGAGCCGGCACAUCGUUAUUGUUGGGCUCCCGUACGAACUGCAGGACCUCCUCGGCCCGCUGCGCGCCAAAUCGACGUCUCAGAUUGUUGUGAUUUUUGCCCCGACAAAGAUGUCGAUCGCCGAUUUCGAGCGGCUCACGCACCCUGAUCGCACGUACUUUGCGUUGGGGUCGCCCCUGAGCUCUUUUGAUUUGCAGCGCGUGAGCAUUACGUCUGCGGCGUCCGUGAUCGUGCUGUCGACGUCGGGCACGUGCAACUCGCCGUCCACGGUCGAAUUCUUCGACAAAAACAUGGUGGACGCCGACGCCAUCACGUGCGUGCGGUUCAUCUUGGAAGGGUGCAGCCGGCACCACAAGCACCCGCCCAACCUGAUUGUUGACCUCGCCAAACACACGAACGUGCGAUUCCUCAGCAUGGCUGUGAAGCGCGAGAGCCGACGGGACCGCCGUGUGACCGACCACCAACCAGGAGUUGAUGACGGCGCGUACUCGGACAUGGAAUUCGCGACGAACGAAUCGGACGACGUGCUGGAUAUGAACCACAUCUGCGAGCCUGCAUAUGCCUCGGGACGUGUGGCAGUGAACGGCUUGAUCGAGUCGCUCAUGAGCGAAUGUUAUCAAAAGCCCACACUGCCUGUGAUCAUCGACGCGCUCUUGCACGGCCAGGAGCCUGACAACGACCUUCAACUAUUUCAAGUGCCGUGCCCGAAAGGUCUUGUGGGCAAAAUGUUUGGCGAAAGCUUUCGGAAACUCCUGCGCCACAACUUGAUCUGUAUCGGGUGCUGGCACCCCGAAGUAGUCGCAUCCAAUGCUUCCAAAGUCACCCCCGCUUACGUGCACACGAACCCAAAGACCGAGAUGAAGCUCCACGCAAAAGAUCUCCUCUACGUCAUCGGUCGCCCCACCUCUCACAUCGAUUUGUGACCCCUGUUUUCCUAAUUUAUUCGACCACAUCUGGCUCAUUUCGCCCUGUGGUUUCACUCGAGUUUCGACGGCCGACGGGACGAUUCGUGGUGCGACCAACGUGCACGGAACGUGACGACCACCGUCCCGAACGCAAGGAUGCCCCCUGCAACCGCCGUCGACGUCAGCACUCGACGUCGAAACCAUGCAGCGUCUCGAGCUGCAAUCGCUUCGUCGUUCAAAAUACGGCGCGCCUCGUCCUGGUCCGCUUGUCGUUGAAGAGAUGCUAGGCCCUUAGCGAUUGCAUCCUUCCGUAACGCUGCCUUCUCCUCUUGUCGACGAGCAAUCUCCGCCUUUAUGGACAAGAUUUUCAUCGACGUCGCGUUGAUCUCGUGUUGUACUGUCUUCCACUGACGUAAGUGCUCCAUCAACUCACGUUCUCUCUCCCGCAACACGUUGACGUCGUCUUGCUUCGCCGCAGCAUUCGCGAGCAUGGACUCUUUCAUGUGUUUCCAGUGCGAUGAGAUUUGCUGUUGAUGCGCCUCUUCAAGCAGGAGUAGGGCCGUCCAGUUGUUGCGCCACGUCACCUGCUUGGCCCGCAGCUCGUCCACGAUUGUCAUGUUCAAAGGCAGCAAUUGAAUCUCCUUCUGCAUGGCGCGAACGCGGUCCAUUACUUUCUGCACUCGAUUUUGCUGUUGUUCUGUCUUCAUAUUGGUGCUCAUGGCGCUAAAGAUCACCACGGCCACCACCGCCAAACCCCACGCUGCAUUGCGCCAUCGUCCCAUUUCUUCCGUGAG